AUGAACUUGCUUCAACACCUUGUAGAUGUAGAUAGCAUAGCUUUCCUUUCUCUUUCCCCUCCUCUUCUUCUUUCCGUCAGAUGGAGCCUUAGCCUUUCCAGCUCUCUUCUCGCCUUUCUUUCCUGCAACUUUGGGUGCCAUAUCUGUUGAUCAGAAUGGAUGAGAAUAGGCCGCAUUUGCUGAAUACUGUAUUUAUAACAAAACCAACAGGGGAUCAAUUAACAUACGGAUCGAAAUCUUUCAUUUUUCAUUGGUUGGUUCGCUCUAGGUAAUUUCAAAGGUCACCAUCUGCUUCCAUGCAUCAUAUUUUGUUUAGAAAUAUUAAAUAUCGUUAGAUCUGAUUGGUGCGUUUCGAUCCUAGCCAAAUCUUGCCACGCGUAUAAACUCUGACAUGUCUUGACUGCCAAGUACUUUAGAAACGAACAAAUUCUUGAUAUACAUCUCUCUGUCUUCACUAAUUUCGUUGAGAUGUCUGGUCGCGGCAAAGGAAAGGCUAAAGGCACCAAGUCCAAGAGCCGAUCAUCCCGAGCUGGGCUUCAGUUCCCUGUAGGUCGGAUCCACCGUCUUCUUCGCGAAGGCAACUAUGCCGAGCGUGUUGGCGCUGGAGCUCCGGUCUACUUGGCUGCAGUGCUCGAGUAUUUGAGCGCUGAGAUCCUCGAGUUGGCGCGCAACGCUGCUCGUGACAACAAGAAGACCAGAAUCAUUCCCCGUCACCUUCAGCUUUACUUAUAG